AUGUCUUCCAGAGAAGUCAAGAUAUCCAAAGCAUUGCUGUACCUUCUUCGGCACGGCGCAGUCAAGGAAAAGCUCCCCAUUGACAGUCGAGGAUUCAUAGAACUCAAGACGAUACUUAACCAUCCACGCAUCAAAACUCACAAGGCCACAGAGGAGGAGAUCGAGCAGGUUGUGGUAAACAAUGAUAAGAAGCGCUUCUCCAUUGAGACUCGUAAGGACGGUAAGAAGUACAUUUGUGCCAACCAAGGCCACUCUCUUAAUCUUGUCACAGAGGAGAACUUGAUCCAGCUAGCCUGGGAAGAGAUGCCUAAGAAAGUUUACCACGGAACAUUUACCGAUAAGUAUGAAGCUAUUAAAUCCAGCGGUGGUCUUUCAAAAAUGCUGAGAAAUCAUAUUCACUUCACGUCGGAUGCUGAGUGGAGUAAGCUGGGGAUUCGUAAGACUUGCAAUGUUUUGAUAUACUUAGAUUUAGACAAGUGCAAGGAACAAGGGCUCACGUUUUUCCGGUCAGCCAAUGGGGUUAUCCUUACUAAAGGCAAUGCCAAAGGCAUGAUCCCAUUGGAAUGCUUCCAAGAAGUGCAAACUUUAAAGAAGCAGGGGGCCCAACAGAGUUAG